CCACCGGGCCGUAACAUGAAGGGCUUAUCGGGGAGUCGCUCCCAGCACCAGAUCCCUUUAGCUCACGGCUUGGACUAUGAUCCUCAUGUCCACGAGGUCCAUGCGCACCAUGGCCCCGAGUCCCGCCACACGUCCUACCUGCUCAGCCCCACGGAGAGCUGCCCCAUGGACUUCCACCAGCGCUACUCUCCGCGGAGCUCCAUUCACUCCGACUGCAUGCUGUCCCCAGUCCUAAUGGCUCCACCUGCCCCAAGCGAACACAUCUCCAGCAGUACUUUCCCUCGAAUGCACUACAGCUCUCAGUUCUAUGACACGCCGAUGCGAGACGACUGUGCAGUGAUCACGACUUCGGCCACUUCCCCUGCUGUGGCUGCUGCUUCCUCCCACCACCCGAGCACCAAGAGCAAUCGACUUCCCGCCAACCUGCUUGACCAGUUUGAGAAACAACUGCCACUACAUCGCGACGGCUUCCACACGUUACAAUACCAGCGCACCACUGAGCAACGCAGCGAGAGCCCUGGGCGAAUCAGACAUCUUGUUCAUUCCGUACAAAAGCUCUUCACAAAGUCACACUCCCUUGAAGGAUCAUCCAAGAUGAAUGGUACAAGAGGGGACAGUAUAGGCGGUGGGGGAGGAGCAGGGAGUUAUCACCAUCAUGGCCAUCAUCCUUCCAAACACGGGAGCAAAAGGAGCAAGAGCAAAGAGCGAAGGCACCGCUCAGGAGGCUGGUGGAGUUCGGACGACAACUUAGACAGUGACAGCACUUACCGGCCCGCCAGCGUCAUGUCCCGGCACCAUGGGGAGCAUCAUAUAUGCUAUCCCGACCACAUGCACAGCCACCACUUUGGAGACCAUUCACUCAAAACCUCCAAAAGUAAUAAUGAUGUCAAGUGCUCAGCCUGUGAGAGCAUGGCUAUGGCACCUGAGGGCAAGUUUAUGAAGAGGAGUUCGUGGUCCACGUUAACAGUGAGGGAGGCUAAAGAGCACUACAGGAAAUCAUCCCUAAAUCUGGACAAGCCCAUGAUGCACACCGACCUCAAAACUCGCACCUGUCAUUACCUGCAGGUGCCCCAGGAUGAGUGGAGUGCCUACCCUGGAGACAAGGACGAGGAGAUCCCAUGUCGCCGAAUGCGCAGUAGCAGCUAUGUCAAAGCCAUGGGGGAGAUUGAUGAUGAGAGCGGAGAUUCAGAGCCGAGUCCCAAAACUUCACCACAAAACGCCAUACGACCGGACGCACUGGUCCUGAAAUCAGCCAUGAGCAGACCUCAUUUAGACUCCCACAGCCAGGGCUACCAAUUGCAAACCAGAGACAUGCGGCCCCACCAUAGCGUUACACUGGACCCUGCCACCACCUUUCACCCCCCACCUUUCCGCUCUCGUAACCAGAGCUACAUGCGUGCUGUCAGCACCCUCAGUCAGGCUAGCUGCGUAAGCCAGGUGAGUGAGACUGAGAUCAAUGGCCAGUUUGAGUCAGUUUGCGAGUCCGUUUUUAGUGAAGUAGAAUCCCAGGCUAUGGAGGCCUUGGACCUGCCCGGUUCGUUCCGCACUCGAAGCCACAGUUACCUCCGUGCAAUUCAGGCUGGUUAUUCCCAAGAUGACGACUGCUUGCCUUCAAUGACAUCCUCCACUGUCACUUCAACUCUCAGAUCCACAGCAGUAUCAUAUCCUCAGAGUUAUAAGAAGACUCCACCUCCUGUGCCCCCACGCACCACCACCAAGCCUAUUAUCUCUGUAACAGCCCAGAGCAGUACAGAGUCCACGCAGGACGCCUACCAGGAGGGCAGGCAUCCUCGGGGCGCUCUUUGGACCACCGACAGCCUGGGCCGCCCCAUUUACAGCUCCACAGACAGCCUGGAUAGCACCAAGGCGGUCACCAUGGCCAUGGAGUCUGCAGCAGGCAAGAGGCAUGCAUCGCUGGGCAGUCACAGCUCAGUCCAGACAUGUGAUAAAGCAGUGCUGGUGUCCAAGGCUGAGGAGUACCUCAAAACCCCGCGAUCUUCCAUUGGGAUACAGGUGGAAACUGUGACCGACUCAGAGACAGAGACUAAAGGCCUCCCUCAGUUCCACUCCAUUGGGAUCCAGGUUGAAGACCAUAAACGUCGUGGGCGAGUCAAGCGCUCCAACAGUGUGACCACAGCAGUGCAGGCAGACAUGGAGCUAGAAGGCUUCCCCUCGAUGGAGGACAAAGGGCUGCAGUUCGGAGGAGCCUUUGGGCGUCACUCUGAGCCCAGUACACCCACUCAGUAUGGAGCCGUGCGCACUGUGCGCACACAGGGCCUAUUCAGUUACAGAGAGGACUACAGGCCCAGCCCGCAGCCUGAGUCCUGGCUCAUGCAGCCCAGCCUGGAGAGCACUGACACAGGCCGAGUGUCCCCGAUCCGCAGGGACGGCAGCUGGUUUAUGCAGCUUCUUCACAAUGAAACUAAGCGGCUGGAAGGAUGGUGCAAAGAGAUGGAGAGAGAGGCUGAAGAGCAUGACUUGUCAGAGGAGAUCUUAGGAAAGAUCCGAAGUGCUGUGGGGAGUGCUCAGCUCCUAAUGUCUCAAAAGUUUCAGCAGUUUUACUGGCUAUGUCAGCAGAAUCUGGACCCCAGUGCAAUGCCCAGACCCACCUCUCAGGACUUGGCUGGAUUCUGGGACCUCCUGCAGCUCUCCAUCGAUGAUGUCACUGCCAAGUUUGAUGAGCUACAGCAGAUCAAAAGCAAUGCCUGGCAGCUGGUCGAGAGCCCUGAGAAGAAGGAGACAAAGUGGCCGCCACCUCUGACAAAGCGGCCUUCCAAGGGCCGUGGUGGUAUCACUCGGGAGAGAUCUCUGGACCUAGAGGAUCGUCAGCGGCAGGAGGCCCGCAGACGCCUGAUGGCCGCCAAACGAGCAGCUUCUUUUAGACAAAACUCAGCCACUGAGAGAGCAGACAGUAUUGAAAUCUACAUCCCAGAAGCUCAGACCAGGCUCUGA